ACAUCUUCACCCAGCCUUUGAUGCUGGACUGGCUCACUACAGUGACAGUAUGUUGAGCGGUGCGCGCGCUCCGCACGUUUGAUGACGCUCCGCUGUAAACAUCACUGACGUGUUAGUCGCGUGAGGGAAUCUAUUAAACUUGGAUUUUGGCGAGCGACACUGUAUUCUUCAAACCAAUCUGCGCCUGCAAACCCAGCAACAUACGUCCACACUGCGAUGGCAAGAAAAUCCCAAGUCCCGUCUGCGUAUUAUGGUGAACCUCGCAAGUUUGACCCAACAUUUAGAGGGCCAGUUUACAACAGAGGCUGCACAGAUGUGCUGUGCUGUGUGCUCUUCACCAUUGUCAUCCUCGGCUACAUUGCACUGGGCACUGUGGCAUGGAUUCAUGGGGACCCAAGGAAAGUCAUUUACCCGACUGACAGCUCGGGUCAGUUCUGUGGACAGAAGGGCACACCAAAUGCAAAGAAAGCCAUAUUAUUCUACUUCAACAUACUGAAGUGUGCCAGUCCUGCUGUCCUGAUAAACCUCCAGUGCCCUACUACUCAGAUGUGUGUUUCCAAGUGCCCUGAUCGAUUCGCAACGUACACAGAUAUGCAGCUCCAUUAUAGAUUCAACAAGAGCCACUGGGAUUAUUAUAAACAGUUCUGCAAGCCUGGCUUCAAUAAUCCUAAAAAGUCUGUGACACAAGUGCUGCGAGAUGAGGACUGUCCAUCAGUGAUAGUGCCAAGCCGACCAUUUUUACAGCGCUGCUUCCCAGAUUUCAUCACCAGAAACGGCACCCUAACAGUAGCUAACAAAACCGCUUUCAAAGAUGCACUGGACACAGCCAGAAGUGUGACUGAACUCAGAGAUGCAGCUAAUGGUAUUACAAGUAUCCAUGAGGCCAAAGAGGUGGGAAUGAAGAUUGUGCAGGAUUAUGCCAGAUGUUGGUACUGGAUAGUGAUAGGGCUGGUCAUAGCGCUGGUCAUCAGUCUGAUCUUCAUCUUGCUGCUGCGAUUCACCGCAGGCUUCCUCCUCUGGUUCAUCAUCUUCGCUGUUAUCCUGCUUGUGGCCUAUGGUAUCUGGCACUGUUACUGGGAGUUCACUGUUCUCAGGAAGACCCCCGGAGCGGACGUCACUAUCUCCGACAUCGGCUUCCAGACUGAUCUCCACGUCUACUUACAACUCAGUCAGACGUGGCUCAUCUUCAUGGUGACUCUGGGUUUGACUGAAGUCUCCAUAGUCUUCAUACUCAUAUUCCUGAGAAAGCGGGUUCGCAUCGCUAUCGCUCUGCUCAGAGAGGGCAGCAGGGCCAUCAGUUACAUCAUGUCCGCUCUGUUCUACCCCAUCAUCACCUUUGUGCUUCUGGCCGUCUGUAUCGCCUACUGGGCCAUGACUGCACUCUUUCUUGCAUCUUCUGGUGAUGCUGUUUACAAAGUCACAUCUGUCCAUCCUAACUGCAAGUAUACCAACCGAACCUGCAAUCCUGAGAGCUUCAACAGGACCAACAUCAGCAUGCAGUGCCCAGGCGCUCAGUGUCUUUUUGCCUUUUACGGGGGUGAGAGCUUGUACCAUCGCUACAUCUUCAUCCUCCAGCUCUGUAAUCUGCUGGUCUUCCUCUGGCUGGUUAAUUUCACCAUUGCUCUGGGACAGUGCACCAUCGCUGGGGCGUUCGCCUCGUAUUACUGGGCCCGGAGGAAGCCCGCAGACAUCCCUCCCUGCCCAGUGUUCUCCUCUUUUUCCAGGGCCAUACGGUAUCACACUGGCUCUCUUGCUUUCGGCUCUCUCAUCUUAGCAGUGGUUCAACUCAUCCGAGUCAUUCUGGAGUAUCUGGACCACAAACUUAAAGGAGCUCACAAUGUGUUUGCACGGUUCCUGCUCUGCUGUCUGAAGUGCUGCUUCUGGUGUCUGGAGAGAUUUAUACGCUUUAUGAACAGGAAUGCUUACAUAAUGAUUGCUAUUUAUGGAAAGAACUUCUGCACAUCAGCGCGAGAGGCGUUCUGUUUAUUGAUGAGGAAUGUCGUGAGGGUGGCAGUGUUGGACAAAGUCACAGACUUCUUGCUCUUCCUGGGGAAACUGUUGAUAGCAGGGAGUGUUGGUGUUAUUGCCUUCUUCCUCUUUACACGCAAGAUACCCAUCAUCCAAGAGGAGGUGCCCGUGUUGAAUUACUACUGCGUGCCUCUCUUGACGGUAAUACUGGGUUCAUACUUAAUUGCGCACAGCUUCUUCAGCGUCUAUGCAAUGUGUGUGGACACUUUGUUCCUUUGUUUCUGCGAAGACUUGGAGAGAAAUGACGGGACAACGGCCAAGCCUUUCCUCAUGUCUCCCGGCCUGAAAAGAAUUCUGGGAAGAGCCGAGAUGAGCCCCAAGAAGUCACGCGGAUAAAUCUAUGAGAAUACCUUUACUCGACUUACAUACUUAGCAUGCAUUAACUUACCGUAUAUUAUAGCUGAAGUGGUGGACUACAUUUUGUAAUGAGAGCUGAGGAUUAUGGGAAGUGCUGACGUGACCAUCCACCUCAAGAAAAGACCAAAGACUCUCUCUGCACUGUAACAGCAUCUAUCCCAGGACACGGAGCUUUGGCUUUUCUGACACAGACCCUACACUGCAUAGUAACAUGUUUGCCUCUUACUGCUGCCUUAUUCUGGGAAAAUGAUUACUGACAUUUAAAAGCUGCCUGAGAUUGAACACCUUGAGAAAAGAAGCCCAACUUGAGAGUUGAUGUUCGCAAUUUCAGUGUAAAUCUGAACGACUGAUUCAUUGAAUAGAGCUGGUUUUACAGCUAAGACGACUUUAAAAUGGUUUUCACACAAUCCCUGCAGGACCCCCCCCCCCCCAUAUGCACAUAUAGGUAAACAGUAUCCCAUUUGACAUUUAAUCAUCAAAAUACUUAGGAAUACAAAAUAUUUUGUCUCAGUGAUAAUGUAAAUUUAAAUGAUAUAUUGAAGGAAUAUUUUUCGGGUAUAUUCGAUCCAUCGCAUUUGUGGCGUAAUGUUGAUUACAACAAAAAUGAUUUCAAUUCGUCCCUCAUUUUCUUUAGGAAAGAAGGCGAUGAAAAUAAAUGGGCCCAUAUUUGGAGUAUUAUGUAAAGCUUAUAGUUUUAUAAGUAGUUACAUUAAUUCUUCUGUUGUAACGCAUUAUCAUUUUUCUCGUUUUUUUAUCAUUUAAGGGUUUAUGGCAUUGUAUAAUUGUAUAUAAACAAAGUUUUUUCCUAUUAAAACAAGUAUUUAAUGUUUGCAGAUUUUGCAACCCAGAUUUUGGCUUAUUUAAAGAAGACAAGGGGCAGUUGGACAUUAAUUUUUGUUAUAUCAACACUGUCACAAAUGCUUGUCGAUUAACUGAACCUUUAGCAUUGCAGUUGUAAUGGAGGGCAAAGAGAUUUCCUUUAUCACAGUAGCUCAACUGCAGAUCAGACGGACAAAGCACUCGUGUUUAAAGACUAGGGCUGCAUCUGAAGUUGCAUACUUUACUACUAUAGGCGAAAACCAUUUGUGAUAAAAUAAAUAUGUCCAACCUCACAGUAAAAAAAUAGGCAGAAAGUACCCAGAUGACCUGCUUCUUCCGGUGAGAUUGUGGAUAUGUGUGCAAAUGUCGAGAUGGUCCUCACUGCAGAACAAAAUCCACGGGGAGGAGUCGGAUCCAGAUCCAACUCCUCCCACCUUACAUAUA